AUGUUUCGAUCCGCUCCAUUCAGAGGGCGAUUAACCACAUCACUGGCACGAUUUGGACGUCCAACAGCAUGUAAGCCAACCACCAACAUUCAACCAUGUAUGCAAUUCCAACGAGGAGGACGCUGGGCGUCGACAUCGAGCAACGGCACUAAAGACGACAAGAGCAAUGUCUCUGCCGGCAUGUACACAGCAGCUCUUUUCAUAUCGAUGCUUGGAUUGUCUUAUGCAGCAGUGCCACUUUAUCGAUUGUUUUGUGCUUCGACUGGUUACAACGGCACACCGGUGACAGAUGCGAGUCGAUUUGCACGAGAACGUCUUGUACCUCAUGAAGAUAAGCGUCGUAUUCGUAUUACAUUCGAGAGCAACACAUCCGAUGCGUUACCAUGGUCCUUUAAGCCCGAGUUGCGUGAGAUCCAUGUGGUACCUGGUGAAACGGCAUUGACAUUUUACAAGGCGAAGAGCAAGGCCGAUGAUGAUAUUGUUGGCAUCGCCACUUACAAUGUCACACCUCAUCGUGCAGGCUCCUACUUUAACAAGAUCCAAUGCUUUUGUUUCGAAGAACAGCGACUUUCCCCUGGUGAAGAUGUUGAUAUGCCUGUAUUCUUCUUUAUCGAUCCCGACUUUUUGGACGACCCUUACAUGAAAGAUGUCAACACCGUUACUCUUAGUUACACCCUCUUUAAUGCGAAGUAUGCCAAGAACUUGUCGCCUCCAUCACCGCCUACCGCAUAG